AGUUCAGUCUGUGAUCGUAGCGAAACGAGGCUCAUCGUGUGUUGUCAUACUUCCUCUUUCUCAGCGGCAAAAUUUCCUCCAGAAUAAAGACUGUAAGCACGUUUUUGUUCAUCGAAGGUCCUUAAAUUCAGAUGACCUGCAAGACCGUUAAAAUUUUUUAAAUAUUUGGAAUAAUUUGCAUCAUCAUUGGAAUUGUUUCGAAUUCAAAGUUCAUCCCGACACAACAGAGAGCCACACACGUGGUCGAUUAUUUCCGUAUUGCAGGUCGAUGAUCGAGAAAAAAUAUAAUUUAUAUUUUCAUUAAACCAUUUCAUCCAUUCGACAAAAGCUUUCUAAGAACUUUCAAAGAGCUCUUCGAGUGGGAAAUUUUGGUGGAAACUCUACAAGAUGGAAUCUCGUAAGGGACGUGCAAAAAAGGACGAGCUUGAGGAUGACGUGAGCAUUUUGGGGGGUUCUGCAGCAGCCAGUCUUGCUCUAGGUGGUCGCCAUAGGCCGGAAGAGCUUAACACGCUCGCGGCGACAACGAGAUUCACCCGUAAGGAAAUUCAGCUCAUCUAUCGCGGAUUCAAGCAGGAAUGCCCGACCGGUCUCGUCGACGAGGAAGCCUUCAAGCAUAUUUUUUCUCAAUUCUUUCCUCAGGGUGAUGCCAGUCAAUAUGCGCAUUACGUAUUUAAUACGAUGCAGACGAAACCUUCGGGAAAAAUAAGCUUCGAGGAAUUUUUGUCAAUUUUAUCAAAAGUAUCAAGAGGUUCGGUGGAGGAAAAACUCCAAUGGGUUUUCGGUCUUUACGACCUCGAUGGUGAUGGUCUUAUCAGCAAAGAGGAAAUGUUGGAUGUAGUUGGGUCAAUCUAUGAAAUGUUGGGACGAUACACGCAGCCACAAAUCCUGGAGCCCGGAACAGCAGCGAGAGAGCACGUAGAUCGUAUUUUCCAUUUAAUCGAUGCGAACAAAGACGGUGUUGUUACAAUCGAAGAACUCGUACAAUGGUGUUCAAAGGACGAGCAACUACUCCGAAGUCUCGGUACCCUCGAUACGGUCUUAUGAGAUGAUUUUAACUCAAUAAUAUUAAGAGGAAUGGAGAAUGUGGUCGAUACGACGAACUCGUAUCGACUACGACGAACUCAAUUCUCUUUCAAAACUAAUUAUUCGUCAAGGGAACAACGACCCGGAGAGGGGGAAAAGAAUAUCGGAAAAAUUUUAAAGAUUGUUCUAUAAAAGAUAAAACUCAUCGGAAUUAUAUCCUCAAUGGAGAAUCUGCGUGUACAUACGUUCAAACGUAUGAUACACCACUCACCAUCUACCCAAGUCUUUCAAACCCCCGACGAUUAUAUCGAAUGAUUAAUAUUACCACAAAAUAUCAUAUAGCCGAGCGAAAGGUACUGAAAAACUGCAGUAUUAUUGAAGUAUUAUACAAUAAUGAAAGAGAAAUUAUGCCACAUGAUUACAUUAACAAUUUGUUACCCUUCAACUUAAUGAUGAACUGUCACAACAGUGAAUGUAGUAUUCGAAAAAUGUUGCUUAUCCGAGCACAAAACUGCAGAAAGCUUUUGAUAUUGUUUUGAAGUUCAUUUGAAUAAUGAUGUUUGAUGAUUUUUCCUUGAUCUUAUCAAGAAAUGGCAUUUCUCAUGUCUUUAUAGUAUAAAAACGAUCAAAUUUGAAAAUUUAUGAAAAAAAAAGUGCCCUCGCGUUUCGGCCACUGCUUUUACCUCUUCUUUUCUCUCUCCUUAAUCCUCUUAUUCUCUUCCUUCUAAUAUUAUCCUUAGAUCGAAACGUCUUCGAGAAAUGUAUCAGCUUCGAAUUCCUUAUUACGAAUUUCCAAAACUUCUUUCACUUUUCAAUAGAAGAGCGCUGAUGAGUCAAGGGAAACGUGAUUGAUUAAAAGAGACGAUGAAUUGUUGAAUCUGCGGAAUGAAAAAUAUUGUUAAAAAACUUACGAAUUAUCAAACUUUUAAAAAGUCUUUUCCAUUCUUCCAUUCAAGGAAUGUAAUUACUUGUUUGCGUCGCUUCGCAACGAUAGUGCGUGUUCUCAACAAGAAAAGUAAUUGAAGAUGCGAAUUUCACAAAUUUAUCACAUUCUUUCAGAGCGAAACUUUUCGCAUUUCUUUCUCCCUUCUUUAAAGAGUAAUCCGUGCAGUGACAUUAAAAGCUAUUCAUUACGUCCGUUCAAACGAUUCAAUUGAUAUUAUUCUAAUUCGAAAUGAUUAUGCAUGGUUCGCAGACAAAAAGUAUUGAGAUAAAAAUUUCGAAACUUUAUAAUUGAACUCAAAAGAAUAGAAAAAUAAAAGAAUUAAGGAUUGAUUUAUCUCUAAAACUAUUUGAACAACUCAGAAGAAUCAUAUUCAUCAAAAAAUGAUACGCGAGGUAUGCAAAAGUUGUGCAGUGUUGAGAACACAAAUUACUUGUCACGAUUGCAAGAAGUACGUUGAAUUAAUGAAAACUUACAGUCACGAUCGGAAAAAUAUAAAAUAAUAACAAUAUGGAAAGCAAGAGGAGCAUGAAAGAAAUCGCUAGAUUAAUAAUCUUUCAAAAAUAUGAAACGUUGGAGAUAUUAAUGAGAAUGGAGUUUGAUGAAAUAACAAACGUGACUCGCGAUUGAUUAGAGUUGACCAAUAAUAAGAGAAACGCGGCCCUCUUCGGCCCCGCCUCGUGUGAUUCUCCUGUACCUUAUUACUACUUAACAUUGAGAGAAAUACCAAUAAAAAUAACAAUAAUAAUAUUAAUAAUAUUGAUCAUUUACAGACGUUAUCGAAUAUACAUUUAAAAAACUCCUCAAGAUAUAUAUAUAUAUAUAUAUAGAAAGCUAAGAGACACUUAUAUUAUAAAUACUCGUAAAAAAAGAUAUAUACAUACAUUACUGAAAAAUUUAUGAAAAACUAUUUCGCGAGUCUGAAAAAACGUAAACGUCGCUCGUACGCGAAUCCAGCGCACGAAUUUAAUGUAAUCGACGAAGGAUGAUUGUAAAAGGACAAGAAAUUCUCAGAAUUAUCUCUGUACCUCGUUGCGCUUGCCUCGUUGACGAUUAAAAUAUAUUAUGUACACAUAAAUGAUGUGACGAAAAAGAUAUGUGAGAAGCAAAAAUGUUCAACGAUUGCAUCAUUCGCGAAAGAACGAAUAAAGCCAUGCUAAUGAAAAUAAAAA